AUGAAUGAAGUCCAACAAAAUGUCAUUUGUCAGGGAAACAUAUGGAAACACUUGAAGAUUCGGCUAAGUGAUAUUCAGUUAGCAACUCAAAACUUUUCAAAGACAUACGAAAUUGGACCCCUAGAGGACUAUCCUUCGUAUAGAGUAGAACUUGACUAUUUUGAUAAAGAAAAUCAUUCUUCUGUAGAAGAGAAGAUUGAAGGCGAAUAUCCCCAGAGACGCAACAGUGUAAUUGUAAGACGAUACCCUUUUGGAGAAGACUCGUAUAAAGAAAAGUACUUUUUUAGAGAAAUUGAAGUACUUACCAGUGUUAAACAUCCCAACAUAGUCACUCUAUAUGGAUUUUGUAUUGAAGGUUUAGAAAUGAUCCUUGUCACUGAGAAUGUUGCUAAUGGAUAUCUUGGUGACUACUUAGGAAAGGUCAACGACAUGCAUAUUUUGACUUGGGAAAAACGUUUAAAAAUUUGCAUUGAUGUCGCACACGCAUUGAAUCACCUUCAUUAUGAGAUGAAAGACCAAAAGAAGAUAAUAAAUCGUGAUAUAAGGAGCCCUAACAUUGGGUUGGAUGAGAAUCUAGGGGCAAAGAUUUAUAACUUUCGAUUUUCCUUAUUCUUUCCUACAAAUCAAAACGAUACAGCUCUCUACCCAAAAAAGCUUGCUGGCUACAUUGAUUACAUUGAUCCAGAAUAUAGGAAAACUCGAAAGUUAAAAAGAGAAUCAGAUGUUUAUGGUUUUGGGGUAUUUUUGUUUGAGAUUUUAUGUGGGAGGAGAGCCACUGAUCCAAUUUACAAAACUGAAAGUGACAAAGGGCUUGCCCAUAUAGCAAGAAGAAACUUCAGCAUUGGAAAACUAGAGGACAUGAUAGAUCCUUUACUAAAAGAGAAAACCCAUGAAAACAGUUCUGUUCUCAAUAAAGGGCCCAACAAGGAUUCUUUGAACACCUUUAUUGAAAUUGCACAUCAGUGUGUAGAAAAAACUCAAAACCAUCGUCCAACAAUGAAAGUCGUCGUCAAGGAACUCGAGAAAGCAUUAUUCCUUCAAAGACAGAUGACAACACCUGCAGGAACCACGGAAACCGUCACAAUGGAGGGGAUGAGGAGUAAAGGUAGAACCAAACUGACAUGGGAUGAGCUACCAAUGACUGAGCUGAUAAUGGAUCAGUUGAUAUGGGAUGAGCGGAUGUGGGAUGAGAAUCUUACAGCACAUGAUGUUAUAGACUUUUUCCACCACAAUGAUAUGCCCGAACUUCGGAGACGUAACAUAAAGGCAGAGAAGUUGGAAUACUUAAGUCAGAAGUUAGAACAUUUAAAGAUUUGUCUCUCUGAUAUUAAAUUAGCAACCGAUAAUUUUUCAGAGGCAUGUAAAAUUGCAUCUUUGAAUGGAUUAACUUUGUACAGAGCCGAAGUUGACCAUUUUGAUAUAGAAAAUCAUCCAUCCAUAGAAGGGAAGAAUGCAGGCGAUCAUCCCAAGAUACACAACACAAUAGUUAUAACGCGGUACCCUUAUGGACCUGACACAGACGGAGAAGAAUUUUUUACACAAAUUGAAAUGCUUAGCAGUGUUAAGCAUCCCAACAUAGUAACCCUACUUGGAUAUUGUGUUGAAGGUUUUGAGAUGAUCAUAGUCACUGAAAAUGUUUCUAACGGAUACCUUUCUGACUAUUUAGAAAAGGUCAAUUCCAUGCAUAUUUUGACGUGGGAAAAACGUUUGAAAAUCUGCAUUGAUGUCGCACACGCAUUAAGGUACAUUCACUAUGAGAUGGAAAACCAAAAGGCGAUACUAAACUGUGAUAUAAGUAGCUACAACAUUGGGUUGGAUGAGAAUCUUAAGGCUAAGAUUUCUAACUUUGGGUUUUCCGUAUUCAUAUCCCCAAAUCAAGAAGCGCUCUAUUCCAAUAGGAGUUUCGGCAACAUCUACUACAUUGAUCCGGAAUAUGAAAAGACUGGUAUGUUAAAAAGAGAAUCAGAUGUUUAUAGUUUUGGAGUUGUAUUGUUUGAAAUCCUAUGUGGGAGGAUGGCCGGUGACCAAAUUUACAAGGAGAGUGACAAACGGCUGGCUCCUCUAGCAAGACAACGCUUUUGUAUGGGGACGCUAGAGGACAUGAUAGAUCCUAUACUGAAGGAUGAAAUUGGUGAAAAUAAUUUUGUUCUAAAUGGUGGACCGAACAAGGAUUCUUUGCACACAUAUAUCGAAAUUGCACACAAGUGUGUGGCAGAAACUCAAGACCAACGUCCAACAAUGGAAGUCGUUAUCAGGGAACUUGAGAAAGCAAUAUUUAUUCAAGUAAGUCUUUGUUCUUAAGUCGUAUUAUUGAUCAUAAGAAGUAAUCAUUGUGAUGAUUCACUGUAAUUUAAAAACGAAUAUAAAUGCGCUUGAUACAUUAAAUUAAAGUUGAUACGGUUAAGUUACAGUGUUAAAAAUCCUUUCCACUGCUUCACAUCAUGUGUUAAAAAUCUUUUUUAUAUUGGUUGAUUAACUUUGUAGGUACUUAAAUGUAAAUACUACCGCUUUGACUAUGAAUGUAGGACUUUGUUAAUUUGCUGAU